AAUACACGUCAAAACCCGUUGCCCUAAUUCUCCCCUUUUGUCUCCAUCCCCACAAUGGCUGCCAACACCAUCAAAAUAACCCUCCGAUCCUCCGAUAAUCAAGAGUUUGAAGUCGAUGAAGCUGUAGCCAUGGAGUUCGGCACCAUCAAGACUUUCUUCGACGAUAAUCUUGACGCCUCCAUUGAACCCAUUCCGCUCCCCAAUGUCUCCUCCAAGUGUCUCUCCACCAUUAUCAAGUACUGCAAAUUCCAUCUAGGACUUCGCUCCCGAGACCACUCUUCGUUGGUGGCGGAUGAAGCCAAGGCCUACGAUGAUGAGUUGGUCGAUCCCCUUGACAAUGAGUCGUUGAUCGAGUUGGCGUUGGCCACUCAUUAUCUCGAUGUCAAGGAUAUGCUUGAUAUGAUAAACCAAGGCAUUGCUGACAGGAUUAAAAAUAAGAGCGUGGAGUAUGUGAGGAAGCUUUUCGGAAUUGAGAAUGACUAUACGCCGGAGGAAGAGGCGGAGAUGAGGGCACAAUAUGAAUGGGCGUUUGAAGGGGUUGAUCCGGACGAAGAUUGAUUGAUUUUGAUGAUCGGGUCAGGGUUUUACAGUGUUUGUUUUCUUUUCC